GUCAGUUGUUGAGUGGAGUUACGAGGAGGAGGAGGAGGCUACCUAUCAAGACAACAGAAUUUCCUCCGGCGACUCGUCCUCAAAAGCUCAAAAGACGGAAGUACAUUAAAUUAAACAUAUGAAGCCAAGGUAGUAUAAAGUACCUGUGAAUUUUACACAAACUGACGCUAGUUCAGAAGCGUUUCUAACAUUGUUAUGGAGGCCUGUUGCUAGCUGCUGGAAAUCCUCGGGCUAGCCCCGGUAGACACCGGGCCGAAAAGGCGUAGAGGACCAAGACGGGAACUACGUGAACAGAUUUGACCGUUCAGGUUUUACGGUAACUGUCCUAUUAUAAUAAAGCGAAGACUAUUCUUUUCCUCCGUGGUGGACAUAAAUCAGCGGAGGAUAAGACGCUUACAUUUUGACAGCUAGCUAACAUUAGCUGUCCUGUGUUUACACGCAAAGCCAGCCGAGAUCUUCUGAAGAAGUUGACUCUGAGUGUUAUUAGUAUCAUUUUUGAUUUGCAUAUUUGGCUACAGCCAUCCGCAUGUUACCUGGAAGUGAACUGUGAGGUUGGUCUUCUUUUGUCUAGGUCGCUAGCUCGGCACCAGGAUCACAGGGUUACCUAGCUCAGGUUAUCACAUCCUGAUGAUUGUCAGCUACACCCUUUAGUUUGUUACUUUGUUGGACAGACAAAUUGACCUCACUCACUUGAUUAACAACGCCAUAUUGAUCAACUCAAAGCUAGCAAUCCGAAUGAAGUCUCACAGAGAGGAGGGGAUUUUGAUACCGGGUGUCACCUGUUCUGCUUGGCAUAAUUAAACUCUCUCCAACAUCUGCUGCAACAGAAACAACUGUCCCGCUGUUUUAUUCUCUUGAGCUGCUUUGCUCAAGAAGGAUCUCCUCCACAACAGACCAAAAAUGAAUCGUUACCUGCCGGUGGCUAGACAACACUUCCUGGCUGCCCUUGCCAGCACCAGUGUUGUGGUAAAAAGUAUAAGUGCUGUGGUGGUCAUCCUCUACCUGUUGUCAUGGGCUGUUGACACUCCAUACGCACUUGGGGUGACCCCAGGAUAUCUAUUUCCACCUAACUUUUGGGUGUGGACACUGGUGACCCAUGGGGUGGUGGAGCAGCAUGUCUGGGGUGUGGCAGCCAAUGUUGGGACUGUUAUGGCUUGUGGGCGCCUGCUGGAGCCUCUGUGGGGCGCUCUGGAGCUCCUGAUCUUCUUCGCAGUGGUCAACAUCUCUGCAGGCCUCCUGGCAGGCCUCUCCUACCUCCUCACCUAUGUUGCCACCUUUGACCUGGACUUCUUGUUUGCUGUUCAAAUGCAUGGAGCAGCUGGGUUCCUGGGUGGUGUCCUUGUGGCACUGAAGCAGACUAUGGGGGAUACCACAGUACUCAGAGUGCCACAGGUGAGACUCAAAGCAGCACCAGCGUUGGUCCUCCUUCUUCUGGCUUUACUGCGCCUUUCUGGGCUGCUUGAGAGCUCCGCCCCCCUGGCUUCAUACAGCUAUGGCGCUCUGUCCGGCUGGGUCUACCUUCGUUUCUACCAAAGGCACAGCCGGGGCCGCGGUGACAUGUCGGACCACUUUGCCUUUGCUAGUUUCUUCCCUGAGGCACUGCAGCCGGCCGUGGGGCUGCUGGCUGGGCUUGUCCACUCAGCCCUGGUGAAAAUCAAGAUUUGCAGGAAGAUGGUGAAGAGGUACGACGUGGGGGCGCCCUCCUCCAUCACUAUCAGCCUGCCAGGAACAGAUCCUCAAGACGCAGAGAGGAGGAGACAACUGGCCCUCAAGGCUCUGAACGAACGGCUCAAGCGCGUGGAAGACCAGUCCGCCUGGCCCAGCAUGGACGACGAAGACGACGACGAAGACGACGAGGUCAGAACCGACACGCAGCCUCUCCUCCCAGGUGGGCGUGACCCCUCAACCUCCACACCUCGAUCGGCUGGGGGACCCGUCGGCGGCUCCCUCUCAUCCACAUCCUCGUCCUCAAUGUCACAGAGUGGUGGCGCGGCCUCCACAGGCGGAGCCCAACACCCGGAGUCCAGCAUCAUAAGCUUCGAGGACGCACCUUCUAGAUCGUAACAAACAGGACCUACAUGUACAAAUAUACACGCUCUGUUCUGUGUCAGACGCAGGUAUACCGACAUGUUCAGGUCCCUGUCUAGAAUACAGGCGCAUCAAAUGACAGUGAUUAGGCACACUCUAUAUCACAAACACACAGACACACAUGACAUCCUCCAGCAGUUCAUACGAAAACACUCCGUCAGUGUAAUCGUAAGCACUGCGGGGGUCUUACUGUACAGCGCUUUAAGUUCUGACGUGUUGGCUGUAAAUGCUCAGUGUAAGAGGGCAAACUGGACACUUAAUUCUUCCCUUCCUUCCUGUAUCAGACCGAACGUCUACAAAAAUUCUCUCUUGUCUGAACUCUAUCUCGCAGGGCUCUGUCCUCUGCUGCGUGUGUCUCUUUCUCUUGCUUUCUAAAUAAAUAACAAAAUGGGUGUACAAUAUUCUUUUUGUAACUCUUUAUGGAGCGGCCUUAAUCGUUCUCCGAUCGAAAGCAGUCAUCGACAGAGACUCGGCCAUUUUUUGAUACUUGGGGAAAGGCAGAAGCUGCAACACGACAUUCGGAAAAUGAGUGGAGAAAUGACAUCGGCUUUUGACUUGAUGUAACCACGUGUGACACAGGAAGUGUGAAACGUUAAGAGCUCAGUACCAACUGCUGGAUCGGAGGAGAGAAGCUGCUGCAGGUCCUGUCCUGCUGAUGAACUUCAGGAUUUGAAGUGGUGCCAGGUGAAGUGGAUUUUCCAGACUACAUCGAUUUGCCGCCUGCUGUCUCUGAAACAACAGGCAGAGAACAAGACGAUGUCCCAAAAAUCUUUAGCUGCCCGUUGUAGGUUCAAUUGAAAACUGUUUUGUUUUUUCUUUCUGGGUCGGUUCAAAAAACAUCUGUACAAUAACAAAAACACAAACUCUGAGCAUUAACAAGACGUGUUGAUGUUGUUACACUCACACACAACUGUGGAUGGGGAUUUGGAUUAUUAUUUCUUUUUUUUCUUGAGUUAUGAUAUUUUCAAGGUUAUCUCCUUAUGCGUCACCCUGUAUCCUUUUGCACUUCCUCCAUGUAGAAUCUGUAACCAUACAGGAAUCAGUAAUAGCCUCUCAGUUGUAUGGGUGGAUGAAAGUGGUCCUCAUCUGUCGUGGUUGUAAUUGUAGUAAGUGCCACAUCAUGAAUACAGCGGAGUGAUCGAGAUCAGGGAAGGUUAGAGAGUACGUAUGUGUGGAACGCACAGACCGUCUGGGUUUACACAAAAUGAUUCAUACAGCUCAGAUUCAGAGUUUGCAUCUGUGCUGCGUCAAACUGGACGCUGAUUCGUUGCUCCUCAGACACUGACUCAUGAGGAUAAAUUAUUUUUUUGUGGACUAAUAACACCUGCACAGUUCCCCAUUCACAUCCUUUGCACUUGUAACAUACUUCAUCUUUAAAAAAUCGCAGAGAAAGCAGGGGCCUGUGAUGAAUAAUCUCAGAGAGCGAGAGAGAGGAUGAUGGGCAGCUAAAUUACUUUGUCUAAAGCGCCUCGUAAAUACUAUUCAGACCAAAAAGGUCAGUGAUUCAUUCAUUUUGUCUACAGUCAUCGCUGUAGACGUCUUACACUAUUAUGCAAAUGAUCAAAUCUCCCAUUUCCCUCCUGCCGUUGUUCAUUAAUGUCAGUCAGAGGAAACAGAUGAUUUCAGAUGAUAGAUCACAGUGUUGACAAUCUGCUAAAUUGUUUUUAAGCUUGUGAACUUUUGAUCUAAAUUAUAAAGACUCUCCAGCUGCCUAAGAUAGAGAAUCAUGAGCAAGAGUGAUGUUGAAUACGUUCGAUUGGUUUUCCUGCACAAAAUGUUGAUGUACAGAAUUUGUCUUAACAUGUUUGACUCGAUAAGAAAGGGUUCUGUUUUUCACAAUUCUCCCAACGUUUUUGUGUGGUGCAGAAAGAAUCUUGUAGUGCCCUUGCUGAUGUAUUACGUAACAGAUUCAGUAAGCAUGCAUACAAGCAGACCAAAAACUGUCAAACCAAAUGUAACCCCGGACACAGCAGCUUAUUUGGAACUCCACUGAUCUCAAACAUUAACCCAGUAAGGGGAAAAAUCCCUUCCUCUUGUGCCUGAAGUAGUGACUCGUUUAAACUGUGGGACUGGCGAUGAUCAAAAGGAACCAAAUUAAGUACUUCAACUAUUAAAAAAAAAAAACUGAAAUGGUGUGUUAAAGGUUGUAUUUAAAUGUGUGGUAAAUGGGGAAAUGGUGGAAUUGAUAUAAAGGAAAGAAUGUUAAAAAUGUUGUUAUGUAAGCCUGAGACCUGAUCAGCUUGGAAACCUUCAGCCCACAGGCUUAGUUGCCAUGUUUGAACUGGAACUCGGCUGAUGCAUUGUACAUUGUGAAUUUGAAGAAAAUGUUCCCAAAAUAUGGUUUUUGAUUCAGAAGAAUGACUUAUGUGAAGCAGUAAGCAAAAUUGGAAAAAGACAUACGACCCCUGAGAGAUACCCAGCCUGUCUUUAAACGCCACUAGUUUAAGCUCAUGUGCUCUGAGGAACACUUUGAGCGUAACUCUGAAUGAUUGUUACUUUUCACCUGAUGGAAAUGUAUCGCGUACAGGAAGUGAUAAGCCAUACUGGAGAGAUGAAAUUCUGUGUGUUGUUUCCUGCAUUUCUCUGAUUUCUUCAUUUUAUGUCAGUGUGCUCUACUAUUGGAGAUGAUAAGCGCGUGUUGAAUGAGUGGGGCCGUUCCUUUGAUUAAUGAUAAUAAAUGAGUGAACAAAUAAAGAGGAGACAGUGUCUUUGAGAUAAGAGCUGCAGUCCAACAUCUGAAAUCUCAAACUGCAAUCUGCGAUACGAAAAGUAGCCAUGACGCAACCUGUGUCCAAACAAACCCGUUGACAAAAUAAUAACUGUUAAUAACAGCACGACUACACCUUUGUCAGUUCUCCUUAAGUUCCCCUGAAAGGAGUAUGAUAGUUUCUUUUAGCAUACUUUCUGGCACCACUUGGCGUACAUCAUACAAUAAAAAUCAGCAAAGCAUGGACUCCUUAAGAUAACUGAAGUUGUGAAUCUGGUGAAGUCGUGUGAUUCGAUCGGGGAAAAGGCAUAGGGAUACUGUAGUCGGCAGUAUGAUGUUUCAGAUUGAUCCCGGCCUGGCCGGUCUGAUUUUCAGCCAAACCUCCACUCCAUCCCUGUUCUCUGUUUUGUUUUCUGUGCUCCUAUUUUUUCUGGUUGUAAAACAUCUUAAAAGUGAAGAAAGAAUUCAAUCACGUGUCACUGUUUAUAUAAAUAAUGCCAAUUCACAUGUGGAGUUGAGUGAGAGAAUCUGCUGGUCUGAAUGAUGUCAGCGUUGUUCUUAGUUUGUCAAAUCCUUGUAGUCAAUGAAUAAACACUAAAAUGCUUUCAUGUUAAAUGGGACUACACACUUGGUUCGGAAAAGUUGUCUUUUUCUACUUUGACAGAAAACAAAUUACCCUCACGUCGGUCACUUUGGAAAACGAGUAACUGUUGGGUAAAGAAACAGUGUAUUCUACUUGUGGAUUAAGGUUGUUUUCCUGCUCUGAGAUUCAUCUUGGAGUUCUGAUAGGUCACCUUCUUCUUGUCCCGUUGAAGGAGAUGGUCAUUAACGGCAAAAUUUUAUUUUAUUUUUAUUUUUAUUUUUUUAUUUUAAUAGUUUUCACUUUUCUCAUUCUCCACAUCUAUCCCCACUUUUGCACCAACAGACUGUGUUCUUGAUGAUAACAGUUUCUCUCUUUGUGUACUUUGGCUGUUGCCCAGACUUUUCUGUUUUAGUUCUCUGUUAUAUUUCUUUAUCUCUAUAUGAAAUAAAAGAAGAUUGUAUGAAAUGAA